GGACAAGCCCAGGAUCUCAGAGUCCUUUCCCAAGGCAGGCACAUAGGAGGCACUGAAUCCCCCCAGCAACAAGUGUGAUAUGACACAUGGCGUGUUUUCUCCCCAGCAAGCUCAUUAGAAACUCAGUGCCCAGGGUUUCUACUGGGGUCUGGGCAUGCAGGCACCUUCUGCCAACAUGUAUCAAAAUUCCAGACCCCCAGAAGAAAGGCAGGGAUUCAGCAUAAAUGCACUGUUUGCAUGAAUAGUUUGCAUGAACAGUGAGCCAUCCUCAGGAGAAACUGAUGCGAACCUUCCCGCAAUGCAAGUUCCCAGAUGCCAACCAAGCGAGGGCCAGCUUUGCAAGCAAGCCUUUCUCGGGGUGGCAGCCUCAGGCCUCUUAGGUUAAUAGCUCUUUUCUGCUCACCGGCCUAUAGGGUGGUUGCUGGGUGGAUAAAUGAGAUGAUGUAGAGCCCUGGGCACACUGUUUGGUUAGUAAACACUCAGCAAGUGUAGACGAUUACUGGGAGAGUUCCGGGUCUGAAUUCUGAGUGGUUCCUUAGCUCCUUAGAGCGAGCUCCAUCCAUCAUCCAUCUACUCACCCGUUCAUUCCUUUAUUCAGCACAUUUUGAUUGUGCCUCGCUGGCUCAGGGGUGGUGUCUGGGCUCCUUGGGACUUUGGUAGCAGUGUUUGAGUCACCCCCUUCCUGGAGGAUGAGGCAUGGGGGUUUCCAUCUUGGCUGGGUUUUGGAGGUGGGUGCUGGUGGUAAGAAACUCUGGGGAUGUCAAGGUAGCUGUGAAAGGACCCUGUUACACCCCCAAGUUAGCAGCUCGGGUAUACGGUGCUGAGAAAACUUACCCUCCUGACGUCUCGCUUGUUUAUCUCGUUUGUCCUCCUGCAGCCAAGGCUAAGUCGAAAUGCGGCCCGACUUUCUUCCCGUGUGCCAGCGGCGUCCACUGCAUCAUCGGCCGCUUCCGGUGUAACGGGUUUGAGGAUUGUCCAGAUGGCAGCGACGAAGAGAACUGCACAGCAAACCCUCUGCUGUGUUCCACUGCCCGCUACCACUGCAAGAACGGCCUCUGUAUUGACAAGAGCUUCAUCUGCGACGGGCAGAAUAACUGUCAAGACAACAGUGACGAGGAGAGCUGUGAGAGUUCUCAAGAACCAGGCAGCGGGCAGGUAUUUGUGACCUCGGAGAACCAGCUCGUGUACUACCCCAGCAUCACCUACGCCAUCAUCGGCAGCUCCGUCAUCUUCGUGCUGGUGGUGGCCCUGCUGGCGCUGGUCCUGCACCACCAGCGGAAGCGCAACAACCUCAUGACGCUGCCGGUGCACCGGCUGCAGCACCCCGUGCUGCUGUCCCGCCUGGUGGUCUUGGACCACCCCCACCGCUGCAACGUCACCUACAACGUCAACAACGGCAUCCAGUACGUGGCCAGCCAGGCCGAGCAGAACGCGUCGGAAGUGGGCUCCCCGCCCUCCUACUCAGAGGCCCUGCUGGACCAAAGACCCGCCUGGUACGACCUUCCUCCGCCACCCUACUCUUCAGACACUGAGUCCCUGAACCAAGCCGACCUGCCUCCUUACCGCUCCCGCUCCGGCAGUGCCGACAGCGCCAGCUCCCAGGCAGCCAGCAGCCUCCUGAGCGUGGACGCCCCCGGCCACAGCCCGGGGCAGCCUGGCCCGCAGGAGGGCACCGCUGAGCCCAGGGACUCCGCGCCCAGCCAGGGCACCGAAGAUGUAUAAACUCCGGCUCUUCCAAAGUCUCCAUGGGUUCAUCUGCUCUGACUUUGACUGUCCUAACAACUUGCGCUUACGGGAAGCUCCUCGGGGUCCCUCAAGGAGUGAUUUGGAGUGUCAGCUGUCUCUCCAUUCACCUCCUUGCCCAGAUUUCAGGAAUGUUCUUUGGAGGGCGACCUGCCUUGUUCUGGCCUCUCAGUUGACCUGUUGUAUGGUGCAUCUUUUCUGGGCACUUAUUCUUCCCUCGAGGCCAGCGAUCACAGCCUCACCCUCCACGUCAUUCUUCUGUUACUGUUGGAAUCUUGCUGAGGUGGUGGCGUAAGUUUGCAGGUGGCGGGAGAAUGUGGUACUUAAGUACUGAGAAAGCAGUGUUUGUGUCAUAUGGGAUUUUCAGAAGGGCAGAGGAGACUGGACCAAAUUCUGUGUGGGCUGUGACCUUAGAGCUCCACCUGGGGAUUUGGGUAGGGUGAUCCUCCCAGGAGGCUGUCAUUGGAUGUUGCACGAUGCUGCACGUUGCUCUUGGGUCAGCAGAGGAUGGGGCCAAAGAUAACUGUUGCUAUGAGUAACAUCCUUCAGAAGUCAGCAGUGUCAUUUUGGUUUUCUGAAGGACUCUGAAACCAUCAAUUCUGGAGAGAUUCUGGAUUUAACAAUUUGCCCAAGAAUCCUCAUUUUGAGAGCUUUUUCCAGCAUCAUAUAUCAUCAGCCUCAUCCCAGAAUAAGCAGGGAGCCCCCACCACUAGUUUAUCCGAGUUCUCAGCUCCUAAAAUACAGGCUGCCAAGAACCGGGGUCUGCUUUGGUCCACAGCCCUUUCCCUGGUUUCUGAUUGUCACCCUCCCAGCUGUGACCUGCCUUAGCCCAGGGAUGAGGACUAAACCUGAGUUGGCUAGAAACCUGAUCUGGUCCUUUCGUCCCUGUAAACCAUGCCCAGCCUGCAUUGCCCAUUCAUGCGGCUUCAACCCUCACCUCCCAAGUCCCCCCAGACAACUCAGAAGUCAUUCUACCUGUGCAGUUGGGCUUGAGGACACUGUGGGUUUCUAAUUCACAUGAAAACCUAAUUCAGCACCUGCUGCGAGAGCUCCACAUUCCCGGGCGGCACUCGCCACCCCCCCAACUUCCCAAGGCCCAGCCAGAUAGAUACCGGCACCAAGGUUUAGGAUUAGGGUCAGAGCGAGAAUCAGACCUCUCCAGACAUCCCAUAGUUUCUUCUCUGAGAGACAUGGAUAACAGACAGUUUGGAGUCAAGAUUUGCCAUUCGGACUUUUUUUUAUAUAUAAUCUCUUAGAAAUGCAUUUGAAACAGUGUGUUUGUUUUUUCCCUUCUAGUUAAGGGACUAUUUAUAUGUGUAUAGGAAAGCUGUCUUUUGUUUGUUUUUCCAUUAGCGAGGUCCAAGCAAAGAUGCACAAGAUCACGCCUUUUUCUCGCUGAGCUCUCAUAACCAGCCCCCCCCGCCCCCAGACGGCCCUGUGUGCCAGGCGUCUGUGCAUUGUUGCACUUUGAGUUUUUAUUUAUCGAGUUCGUGAAGGAUGCAGAAAGACCAAUGCCUUUCUCCCUCAGUUCAUGGUCUCUGUGUUCAGGCUCGCUUUCCUUUCUCCGUGCCCAGCCAGCCACAGCGCCCACCCCCUCAGGAAGUCAUGGGUGGAAAUGUAGAUGUUAUUUGUCAAGAAACCACACUGACUAACCGGAGGGCGGGGGACAAAACUGGAACCAGGUGGAGCCACUCGGGGCAGCUGUCGUGCGGACCUGCUUCCCACAUGCCCAGUAACUUCUUUGAUGCUAAUUCAAACAGAGUCUGCAGGAGGGGGGAUGAAGUGGCAUUCAGUGAUCCUGUUCUGUAGACGAUUUUUUCUUUUAAACCAAAUUUCAAAGUGUGCUACAGGAAAGCUAGCCACUUGGUGAUUUUCAAGUUAAGAAAAGAAACCUAGUUGCUCACGUCUUUUCGUUUUUAAAAUAACACGCGUUAUUUUCUGAGUAGUCCAGUGCAGAGAGAACUUUAAGUGGCAGCCGGAGUGUGUGAGGAGCUCUGGCUGAACAUUUCCUCUCACAUGAGUCACACUGUCUUCAUUUCUCCCCUUGGUGGGCCCCUGCUUCUUUCUGGUGCUCUGGAAAUUGUUUAGAGGAAAGGAUUCUAAUUUUAAUUAAUUGUGCAGUGAAUUAAUUUCACGCACUUUUCAGCUUUCAGGCAUCUUAGAAAGGACAAAUGGUCUUAGUCGAUAAGGAGAGCCUAUUAAUGUUGUUUUUUAAAAUAAACACAGGGACAUUUUUAUUAUAGAUUUGAUUUUUUUAAAUGGUGGGUUUUUUAAAAAAGAUAUAAAUAGGACACCAAAGCAGCAGAGUUUUGCUUUUUCCCCUACUUAAGAUAGCAAAUAAGUGACCAGCAUUAUUUCUUUAACUCAUUCCAACCAGGAUUUUUUUUUUUAAUACAUGGCAUAAAUCUGUGCCAACCAGAAAACCAUCUCUGCUCCCUUUUCUCAAAUAAGAUCAGCAUUUAUUUUAGCGUUGAAAUCGUUCCACUGUGAUCACUUAUCACUUGCCCUCCGUCCCUUUACUUUGAAAUUGACAUUUUUAAAAAACACAAGGAAGUGAUUAAUAAAUAGCAUGUGACAUUCAAAGUUGAUGUAAACUGGAAAGGUUAUGUGUGGUUGCUUUUUUGAUUAGGUUUUUUUUUUUAAUUUUUAUACUUUCAAAUAAAUUUGCAGUUUCAUUCUUCCUGUUGGUGUAAAUGAUUCUUAACCCCUUUAUUGUUCAGUGGACAGCUGCUUCUGUCGUGCCUUCUGCAAUGAAUGUAUACCCUAAUAAAAUGAGAAAAGACAAGAGA